AUGGCCAAUGUAUCCUCCCAGGCCAGUGUACCGUCAGUCAGCCGGCGUACCUGGGUAAUAUUUCCUGUCUGUCCACGGGGUAACUCAGGGAGAGCAGGUGAGGGGAGAAAGAAUGGCCAUGGUUGGCGUGGUUGGCGUGGUUGGCAUCUCGCUGUUGAGGGGCCAUUGUGGACGUCCCUCGUUGGCGCUCGAUUCGAUCGGCGAGCUCGAGCCAAAUCCCGUGUUGUGCAGCAGGGAGGGCCAGCGGGCAAGGGGAUUGGGUGCUUGCGGAGAACCUGCAGCCUUGGCACAAUUGCGCCAGCAACGCCGCAUGGGCGAAUCAGAGCCCGGCAUCAGUCAGAAGUUCGCAGUGAGCGACAUACGUCGGCGGGACUUGGCGCUGCUGGCAGCGAACGCCUGUCCACAUCGGGGUUAGCGGAAAGUCAGUGCGUGUGGGGCGGGCUAGCAAGGGAUCUUAUUGUCUGA